AUGCCUGAUCUCCACAACAUGGCGAACAAGGGGAGCGCUGCUGGCGUUUACGACGGUAUCACAUACGGUCUCAUCAACUACAUCGCCUCCCCCACCGUCAAUCGCUCCGCUCAACAACGGGGUGCUCCCUAUAACUCCGGGCAAGACGCGACGAGGAGGAUCAGCAGCCUCGGUCUGGACUCUCAGGUCCUGACGCGGCAAAAGACGCGCCUUCGCAACCUAUUCGCGAUCGGCAGGGUCGAAGCGCGGAAUUCGCUGAAGUGCCAAUUCGCUUUGUUCAUCCUGCUUGCGUUUGCCAUUGGAUUCAUCGCUUCGAUCAACUUCGGCUCGGAGCGCGCACCUGAAGACCAUGACAAAUUCGUCAUCUGCCAGUACGACGACAAGCGCAAGCUCCUCCUGAUCGUUUGCGAUGGUCAGGUCGCUGGUUCCGAUAACGACCAGCCAACCCCUCGCAUCGUCUUGGGCGUCCUCGGUGCGCCUCCGAACAUCGACGCCGAACUGCUCAGCUUCUUGUGUCUUGGUGAGGGCGCGAAACACCACAAUAUGGGUAAGGCGUACUCCGAUGCAGCACGCCCGGUUAGAAGGCGAGGCCUGGUGACCGUGGUCCAUUUCAACGCUCCGACGAACCCACUGGAGUUCGAGAUGUAUCACCAAAUCAAGAAUGUCAUCGGUAUAAACCCAUCGUUCUACGAAAGCGUCUUCAUGACCAAUGCCGAUACUGCGGUCUACCUGAGUGACCGCCACGAACUGUUCGUUGAUCUUUCCAUAGUAUGGGCGCAUGACAAGAAGUCCAUCGCGACUAUUAUGACGGAGGUCUACGAGUACUUCAUCUGGCAUCACAUGGCGAAGGCAUUCGAGCCCCUCUUCGGGUCCGUCUCUCGUUUGCCCGGUUGUUUCAGGCAUCACCGUCCGCGUACCCCCGACGCACACAAGCCACUGUUCAUCUCCAACCAGAUCAUCGACAACUGCCCCCAAAGUCGACACGCUGCGCAUGAAGAACCUGCUGCACCUCGGAGAAGAUCGAUUCCUCACGACGCUGUCGCGCCAGACGACUGGAAGAUUCUGCUGUCGCAGCGUUGGCUUUGGAUCAACUCGGCGGCACACAAUCUUGGGGAGCUUGUUCUCUUGGAGCAGAUGUGUGGCUUCUGCUGUUUCUCGAUGCGAUUCAUCGUCAUGAUGGACUUGGUCUCGGCGCUCAUUCAGCCCGUUGCGGUUGCCUGCGCGAGCGGUCAUCUCGCAUUUAUGGGCAUUUAG